AUGCUCUUAUACAACUGUCCCGUGCAACUCCUCGAGUAUGCCGAGCACCUUCGCGAGCUCAACUACUACACGCGCCCAAACUACCGAAAGCUGUACGAAACGCUGGCUGAUGUGAUGAAUGAUGGGGGCUUCAAGUACACCGACCAGUACGACUGGGAAAGGGUGGCCGUGCGUCCGAGUCGCAGCUUUGAUGCUUUUCGAGGAUCUAGCGAGGAUUUGCAGACCGCCCACACCGCACCCUCUCACGAGAAAAUCGGCAGCCGUGAGAAUGUUGCGGCGGAAGGCAAGAGCACGAUGGUCGAGCCAGCCGACAAGCCUUCCGAGUUCAGCCCCGGCCCGAAUGAGCCCCUGCCGCUUAGCCAUAAAAAGACACUUGAUACUGCCCGUGAUCAAGAUAUUGCCACGAUGGUUAUUGCCGCCGUUGACAUUGGAUCCAAGUGUGAAUACCUGCGCGGCGUGGCCCACCAUUUCGCCGAUGGGUACGACACCAACAAGAUCCGCAUGUGGGAAAGGGAGCACUUGCGCCUGUUCAAGUUCAACAUCAGCCACACCCACUGCCUGCACUUCUUGCGUAUUUUCCAGUUCAUGACGCAUGAUCUGAUGGCCGAAAAGAAUCUCCAAGGCGCUUGGACCUUGAUGAAAGCACUGGGAUGCUUGGCUAUGGCGCACUUCACGACUGCCAAGCAGCAACCAUCUCUCCUCGCGGCCGCUGUCGCCCGUGUGGCAUUCGAGAUGCUCCACCAACGCGGAAUCAUUGCCUCUGCAGAGCCUUCUGUUUUGCUGCAUCUUCAUCACGUCGAAUCUGAGCAUCUGCCGGUUGCGAUCGCGCUCGUGGAGUGGCUGCAAGCUUGCCCUAAGGCCAUCGUUUCCAACAUUGCGAAGUACUACGCGGAUGAAGGAGUGCAGAUCAACGACACCGAACUGCGUGAUGUUCUGGCCUCCUUGAGGAUGGCUCUUGUGCGCGCGGAAUUGACCGGA